AUGGCCAUUCCCGCCUCCUCGUCCUACGGACUGCCCAUCUUCUCACACCGAUACUUCAAUCUUCCUGGUAUCGCGGCUGUCUUGACCACCCUGCUCUAUUUCAAGCAAAAGGCUCUGAUUUACCCUUCGCACAUGCCCCCAAACUCUCGAACCGACGUCCCUAGACCCUCUCAGUACGGUAUCAAGGAUUUCGAGGAGCUCGUCAUACCCACAAAUGAUGGCGAGAAGCUGUCGGCAUUCUACAUCCGGGGCCCGCGCGGCGGGAACAACUCGAAUGUUACCAUCCUGAUGCUCCAUGGCAAUGCCGGCAACAUUGGCCACCGUUUGCCAAUCGCCCGCAUGCUCAUCAACUUUAUCGGCUGCAACGUCUUCAUGCUUGAAUAUCGCGGCUACGGCUUAUCCACCGGAGAGGCCGACGAAGCCGGCCUCCACCUUGACGCGCAAACCGCCCUCGACUACCUCCGGUCUCGCGCAGAGACGAGCAACCAUAAGCUGAUUGUCUACGGACAAAGUCUGGGCGGCGCCGUUGGCAUCAGGCUGGUUGCCAAGAACCAAAAAGAUGGGGACAUUGCCGGCCUGGUCUUGGAGAACACCUUCCUCUCCAUGCGCAAGCUGAUUCCGUCCAUUCUACCGCCGGCCAAGUACUUCACACUCCUGUGUCACCAGGUGUGGCCGAGCGAAUCGCACAUACCUAGCAUCACGUCCGUGCCAAUCCUAUUUCUCUCGGGUUUGCAGGACGAGAUCGUACCACCCCGUCACAUGCGCCAGCUUUAUGAGCUGUCUGCUGCGACCACAAAAAUCUGGAAGCCCCUGCCUGCGGGCGACCACAAUUCGAGCGUGCUGGAGGAAGGCUAUUUCGAGGCUAUCUCGGACUUCCUCGCAGACGUCACCGGCGUGACGAGCAAGGAGGAGAAGCAGCGCCUCUAG